AGAGAAGAAAUAAUCUAAAAGAACUAUAUAGAAGUCAUACUUGACAUUUGAAGAUCAUCAACAUUCAGGAUUUUUCGGAAUGGCCACAAAGCUUCUUCCUCAGCUGUGUAUAGCAACUUCUUCUCAUUCCCGAAACUCCACGAAUUCAUUCCUUUCCAAUUUCAAACAGGGGACUUUCCGAACUUCAAAUCGCAUCAAAGUAAAUGCCAACUUCCAGUUCAAGCCUUUGAACUUCUUGCUCUCUGGUUCCUUGGCUCUCGCUAUCUCUCUCUCCGAGGUUGCAUUUGCCGAGGGAAAGAUAGGGGUAAACAAGCCGGAGUUGCUGCCUGAGGAGUUUACCACUGUUAUUGAUGUUGCAGGAUUUCUCUCUGAUGGCCAGGAGAAAAGACUUGCACAGGUGAUCACAGACAUAGAAAGAGAUACUGGAUUCAAGUUGAGAAUUUUGGCUCAAAAUUACCCCGAUACACCAGGAUUAGCAAUCAAGGACUUCUGGAAAGUGGAUGACAAGACUAUUGUCUUUGUUGCUGAUCCUACUUUUGGAAAUAUACUGAACUUCAAUGUUGGAGCUUCUGUGGAUAUAGAAAUACCACAGAGCUUUUGGAGCCGUUUGGCUGGGAAAUAUGGAAAUAUUUUUUACUGGAGAGAAAAGGGUGAAGAUGCAUCUAUAGAAUCUGCUGUUAUGGCAAUAUCAACUUGCUUGAGAGAACCGGUUGGUGCAAAUAAUUGCUCAGAAGUAAAGUAAUUCAUCAUUUUGCAUCCAUGUUAGUAUAUGAGAUCUUCAACUAGCUUCAAGUGUCAUAAUUUAUAAGGAAAAACAUAGUCUCCUGGGACAUCUCAGAGCCCCCAAUUUGGUUUCCAUUUCUUUUUUAUAUCUUGAGAGCAUGAAUUUUGUACUAUAAUGACAGACUUGUGGAAUGGCUGACUUGUUUUGCAGACUGUGUUUCAUUCUCUAUAUUUUUUGUUACGGUAGUAGAACAUCAGUCUGGUCGGUUUCCCGACACUACCUUAUUUGACAAUGUCUUCACUGUCUACGAUUAGAUUGAGGUUUUAUCUGUAAAAAUUUAAUAUUUUUAUUUCAGGUUUUUUGUGUUAACUUGAUUUUACUAGUUUUCUCUAUAUUACCACUUAUUUCUUAUUUUGGAAUUAGUUUGGGGCUUCUUUUCAUUUCUAACUCUUGAGUUAAUUUGAAGUAAAUUUAAAAUUGGUUCAUGUUGUCUCAGAGGUAUGAUUGGUUCUGGCUAAGUACUGAAAAUUUUAUUUCUUUUCAUCUCUUCUGGUAAAGGUCAUUGGAAAACUGAAUUAUUCCUAGGAUCUAUCAGUAGAGAAAGAAAUAAUGGCCACGGCGGCCACAAAAGCUGGAAUCUUGACGACCAAAGGGUUAGAAGAUAUGUUGAUGCUAGUAUUGAGAAACUGUAAGAACGUGGACACCAUGAAGAAGAUACAUUCCCAAAUGGUGAAAUUCUCGCUAACGCAUAGCAAUUUCUUGGUAACAAAAAUGAUAGACUUUUGUGAGAAAAAUGGGGAUAUCGACUAUGCUUGUUUGCUAUUCAAGCAAGUUCAAGGGCCAAACAUAUAUUUGUUCAAUUCUAUAAUCCGAGCCUACUCACAGAAUAAGAUGUACAGAUCCUGCAUAUAUAUGUACAUGCAGCUGCUGUUGAGGAGACAAGCCGCCGAGAGUGAAGAGCCAGUUUCUCCAGAUACACACACAUACCCAUUUGUUAUCAGGUCGUGCGGAGGUCUUACCUGCGCAGAUAUCGGUAAGCAAUUGCAUGGACAUGUGUUUAAGUUUGGGCUGGACUCCAAUCACGUGAUACAAAACUCGUUGCUAGACAUGUACGUCAAGUGUUGCGGUGAAGACAGCAUAAGAGAAGCACAGAACCUGUUCGAUGAAAUGACUGUUAAAGAUGUAAUUUCUUGGAACAGUCUCAUUUCCGGGUACAUAAAGUCCGGUAAGGUUAAAAGGGCAAAUGCGUUGUUCGAAGAGAUGCCGGAGAAGAGCAUUGUUUCUUGGACAGCCAUGAUUUCAGGUUACACUAAGAUGGGAUGUUACAGAGAAGCAUUAAAUGUUUUCAGAAGGAUGCAGACGGUUGGCGGGCUGGAACCAGACUGGGUCUGUUUAGUUGCAGUCUUGUCGGGGUGUGCACACCUGGGGGCGCUUGAGGUAGGAGAAUGGGUUCAUUUCUACGCAGCUAAAAAGGGAUUCUUACGGAAGACACGUGUGUGCAACGCGCUGAUGGAAAUGUACGCGAAGUGCGGUAACGUGGACGGAGCUCUGGAAGUGUUUGACCGGAUGCCAUCAUCCGACCGGGAUGUGAUCUCAUGGAGCACAAUGAUUGUGGGUCUGGCAAAUCAUGGAAGGGCCCACGAUGCCAUCAUGCUGUUCAAACGGAUGGAUGUCUUGCCGAAUGAGAUCACAUUCGUUGGGCUGUUAUCAGCCUGUGGGCACGCUGGGCUUGUGGACGACGGUUUGAGGUACUUUGACUCCAUGCGAGACGACUAUGCCAUUACCCCAGAAAUUGAACAUUACGGUUGUCUCGUUGAUCUUCUCGCAAGAACGGGGAACCAGAAACGUGCCCUGGAUAUCAUAAACCGGAUGCCGAUGAAGGCGGACUCCGCAAUAUGGGGUUCAGUGUUGAGUUCCUGCAGAACUGUUCGGGAUGUUGAAACAGCGGUAGUCGCGGCGGAGCAUUUGGCAGAGCUCGAACCGGAUGAUAGCGGAAACUACGUGCUUCUGACAAACGUGUAUGCAGAUUUGGGAAAGUGGGACUAUGUGUCGAUGAUGAGGAGAUUCAUGAGGAGGAGGAGGAUGAAGAAGACGCCAGGGUGCAGUCUGAUUGAGUUGGACGGGUUGGUCCAUGAAUUCCUUUCAGGUGAUGAUUCAAUGCCAUUUUCGAAUGAUAUAUGUCAAGUUCUACGCCAGCUUUUGACGUUGCACACAGCUGAUGAUGAGGAUGAAGUUUAUGUUUUUCUUUAACACGGAGGAGUACUAUGUGCUUUGUUUAUUACUCGUAAUUCUAUCGCCAAGUUAACGGAGGUCUGUACUUAACCCAAUGGAGAAAGAGGCUGGCUGGACAAAGCAUGUGCAUGGCAUACCAAAGAUGAGUUUUUUUCUUGGUUUAGCCUUGGGAUAUUUGGUGAUUUCGAGCAAGUGCUGCAUGUUUGAUACAGUGUGGAUUUCUGGGUAGCUUGAGAACCAAAUUCUGCUACGAAGAGUUUUAACUUGUAAGAGUAGGUAGAUGCAAGUUUAUAAGUGAUCGUAGAGAUUCACGAGAAUAGUAGUACAUUGCCCAGACAUGGAAUUACUCGCAAGAGAAGAAGAAAACAUACUAUCGAAUGAAAAGUUCCUCUCUGAAAAGUUUACAUAACAUUGCACAAGUGUUUGCUUUUUCAAAAGCUUCGCGAAAGAGUAACUUUUUUGCGGAUCUCUCUAUGGAGGAAACUUGGUUUUAGGAAGAGUGAUUUUUUUUGUCUGGUGUUAUGAACCAUAACUGCAAAUAUUGCAUUUUUGGAAUAUUUUACUUGUGUGUAUUCUGUGUAAUUUAUUGUGAUUAAGAAUAUUCCUUUAUUAUUAAGUUUCCUUAUACCGGUUGUCAACUACUUUCUUAUAUUCCCUUUGGAGUGGAGUGAUUGUACUAAGUUACUUGUUACAUUUUGAGGAACUUUGUCAUAAGAAAAUUAAUAUUUUCAAACAUUG